UCUCCCCUCUCUUUAAAAACCAAUCUGAAAUCUCUCUUUCGAUCUUCUUUUUGAAUAUACUGCAAAAAUAUUGAAUCGAAAUUUCAUGUCGGGUGUAACUCUUGCAGUGGCUCCACGAACGGACCCAAAUGACGCGAUGGCGCCGGAGCUGAAGGAGCCACCGCAGAAGCCGCUACGGAGGCAACAACAACAGAACACUGUUGUCGGUGGCGUGAUGGGGUCUCUACGAGUAAUUGAACUCCAACUUGUUGCUUUCAUUAUGGUUUUCUCCGCCAGCGGCCUCGUCCCGUUUCUCGACCUUGUUUUCCCUGCCUUUACGUCCGCCUACCUUCUUUUGCUGGCACGCUUUGCGUUCCCAUCUCACGGCCACUCCACCGGGUCACAGGAGAUUUUUCAGGGGAGCAAGUUGUUUAGAAUGUACGUGGUGGUGGGAACGACGAUAGGGCUGUUCUUGCCAUUAGCAUAUGUGUUGGGUGGGUUUGCAAGAAGCGACGAGCAUGCGGUACGGUCGGCGACACCGCAUUUGUUCUUGUUGUCGUUUCAGAUUCUGACGGAGAAUGUGAUAAGUGGGUUGUCGUUGUUCUCGCCGCCGGUCAGAGCGUUGGUGCCGCUACUUUACACGGCGAGGAGGAUUUUCGUCAUCAUGGAUUGGAUGAAAGAUGUUUGGCUUAACAAAACCUUGCCGGCAAAUGCAGAAUUCAAGGACAUAGCAUGGUUUUGGUUCGGAAGGACAUUAGCAGUGGCUAAUUUUGCGUAUUUCUGCGUAAAUAUGUAUGGAUUUUUGGUCCCAACAUUCCUUCCAAGGGCAUUCGAAAGGUAUUUUAAGGACAGAGACGAUGAAACUCAUGCCAAAAUUCAUGAAGAUAAGCUCUCCGCCGCUGCCGCUAAAUCUCAGCCCUCCGAUAAGAAGUCCGACUGAUUCUCUUUUUCUUUCUCUCUCUCUCUUUUUAAAUCUAAUUUUCAUCCUUUUCCUACAAACACGGUUUUAUGUCGUUCUAGACUCUCUCUUGUUUUUUUCUCUACUUUUUGUCCUAUAGUUAAUUUGACACAAAGAUAAAUGAAAUUAUCCAAACCUACACCAAUGGUCUAAGAUAAAUGAAAUUAUCCAAACCUACACCAAUGGUCUGGAUUUCUCAUUUUUGAAAUUUUAAUCUUGCUUUUAAAAUAAAUUUUGAAAUGCCCAAAAACUGCAUCUUCAAAUAAGGUAUUAGAUAUUUUUUAAAAAAAUGUGUGAGGUAAGGAUAUUUACUUCUUUUCUUCUUUAAUGAUUAGUAUAUCUAAUUAAUUCAAGUGUAAUACAGGUCGCGCUUACUCAUUUUAAUAAUUGUUUUAAAAAAAUCAAACUGUCACGUUUAUCAUUUUUAAUUCUUUGUUGGAUAUAGUAGGGAUUGAAGAAUAGAUAGCUGCACGGUUUAUCUUGAUUUGAACCGUUUUUUUAUUAAUUAAACUUGAAAUUUAGAUCAAAUAAUUACGCUGAGAUUCCCAUGCGUGUUCCGGUGAUUUUGGUCGGUUGUUCUUAUCGGUAAGGAGUGGCGAAGGACUGUUAUGCCCUCUAAAUAUGUUAGUACGUACGACCACUUUGUCCUUGGCUCACUUUCCUAUAAUAUAAAAUAAUAUUAAAUGGCAAAAAGCUGUGGGUCCCUUUCAAUACGUUGCUUUGCGUGCUGCAAAAUUCUCCCCUCACUCGUUCACCUUCUCACGCGACUUAACGCGCUAAAAUUCGGCCCCUAUUCCCAUGGUUUUGAAGUUUCCAUAGAAAUUCGGCCUCCAAAUUUCUAAAUUUUCGAGAAUAUUUCAAUUUCUCUGUUGGGUGAUAAUUUAUUCUUUAAAAUGAGAAGGGAUCAAUUUUGAUUGGAGAGUUUUGAAAAAGGAGCCUUCCUUUUGUAAUCAGAUCUUGGGCCGGAGGUUUGGGUUCUCAGGGAUAUUUACGUGCUUG